CCCAACGGGCGCCUCAGGGAGGAGAUUUCCCUUGUUUUGGUUACGCGGAGUCGUGGAGAGUGGGAUUUCUCGUGUUUUUGGAUUGCUUCAUGACUGAUUCCUUGCACGCCGAUGGCCAUCGAAUCCUCCAAAUCACACUACAUCUCUGCGAGUAAGGUGCACAGAUUAGUUUUUCCAAUCUGUCCGUCAGUCUUCAGCCCACGGAAGAAUACUACUCUGGAACCAGUAAUUAAACUGACGGGAUUCUGUUACCGACGAGUUAGUCCUGCUUGACAUACCACUCAUCUGUUGAAUGUGGAAUCUAAUCUAUUUGGCUGGAAUUGCAUGUUUAUAUAGUUAUAUUGCGCAACACCGAUGCAUCGGCCCAGCUGCAUAUUCCCAAGGGAUAGCUGUCUUUGUUUUCAUGUAGCAAUUUUGAUUAUGCACCACCUUGAGUACGAGGGUUUCAGACAUAGUCUCUGUUCCAGAAUGCCUAUUACUUGCUUGUGCACUCUCGUGGUUUUCCAUCUCUGCGAUUACUUAUUAUUCAACAUUUGUACUUGACAAAAUCCUACUACUGGCAUGCAUCCUUUUACUUGUUCUCUCUGUUGUGUAGUUAACCAAAUAUAGUGAGUCUAGUAAACUGUGUUGUUGAAGAAGGCAUUCAUUCCCCUAGUUGCGAACACGACCAUUGUAUUAAUCCAAAGAAAAAUAAGGUCACCUGGUCACUCCAUUUCUGAAGAGUAAAUAAAGUAUUAUCUUAUUUUUGCACACGGUAAAAUUUGCAGAGUUAGUUGGCGACCGUGUGGAGGAAUACCUGCAAAGGAGUCGCUUGUAAUUUUUCUGCUGCAUUCAAUUCCUCCCAUAUAUUUUUUCUGGCAUUGGCAAGAAUGUCAGAAAGUGAGUUAUCAGUAAUAAAACCAGAGUCCUUGAAGACUUAUAUUUGGCUUCAGUGCUUUGAUGGAUCCAUACAGCAAGUGGAGGAAGAGGUUGCCAUGUUCUGCCCUAUGAUAUGUCGAGAAAUUGUCAAAAAUGGCACAGGGUCAUCCAAAAAUCAUGCUAUUGCUCUCCCAGAAAGAGUUAAUCCAUCAAGUUUGAGUUUGAUUCUUGACUACUGUCGAUUUCAUCAAGUCCCAGGGCGCUCCAACAAGGAGCGGAAGUCAUUUGAUGAAAAGUUUGUUAGGAUAGACACCGAAAAACUUUGUGAGCUGACGUCUGCAGCUGACAGUCUUCAAUUAAAGCCAUUGGUUGAUCUUACUAGUCGAGCACUUGCUCGAAUUAUUGAAGGGAAGACACCUGAGGAAAUCCGUGAUAUUUUUCAUUUACCAGAUGACUUAACGGAGGAAGAAAAAUUGGAGCCACUGAAAAAUUUAAACGAUGAUCCCAGGAUUCGCUUAUUGAAUCGAUUGUAUGCAAAGAAACGGAAAGAACUACAGGAGCGCCAGAAACUAAAGGAUAUUCAGGUAAAGCAAGAGCAAAAGGAUGAGCGAUCUUUGGAUGAGUUACUAUGUUUUAUAAAUGGGGAUGGAGGUUCUGGUGGUGGGAAAGCUGGUAAGAAUAAGAAAAAGAACAAGAGAAGGAAGGAUCCUAAGAACCUCCCAAAGGCUGACCCUGAACAUGUAAAUAAGGACGAAGGUGCCCGUGCGGUUUCAUGCAAUGUGGGUGCUGUUAAUAAUAUUUCUAGAGCUCCUUGCCCAAGUUCAGAUGUGCAAGGUGAUAAUGAGUAUCCCUUUGAAGAUGGUGAUCUUGAUGAUGGACUUGAUCCUGCAAUGCAGGAAGAGCUUGAUAGGGAAGUAGAGGACUUCGCAAGGAGGCUGAAUUCUGUUUGGCCUGAAAGAAUGCAUUUGGGUCAAGAAAGAAGAAUUGAGUCACAGCUGAUUGGUGGUAAUGGUUCUCUGCAGAGAUUUUCUGGGUUCAAUCACAGGUGAAUGCUGUGUGGCAGGAUGAGCAAGCUGAAGCCUAGGAAAUUUGUGCACAUACAGCUUCGAAGAGAGGUAGAGACCGAAGUGAGCAGCUGCUGCCGAAAAGGCCUUGAAACUCGGAACCGAGCUUGCUGACAAUGUGUAUCUGUUUCCCUUUGCCAUUUUUGGCGCAGGGUCUGGCUCGUCAAAGUUGGGAUGACGCAUAGCAAGGUUUUAGAUAGAUCAAGGGGGAAAAUUUUCCGGUCCGGUCGUGUUAUUUCUUGGAUAGCGUUUGUUCAUUCUGGGUUGACUCUGUUUUUUCCGUUGUCGCAAUUUUCCUGGACAGAGCAGAGUGUGCAACUGUAAGAAAUGAUGUCAUCACUGCUGUGAAAGAAAUUCCGUUGGUUGGUACUUUUGCAA